GACUGAGGGUCAGCCAGCCAUUCCUUCUCGUCGUCCACCCAAGUUGAAAAAGAAGUGCACUCCCACUCCGCCGCCGUCUUCACUGAAUCGAUCGAGUGGCUCCUCCUCCCCCACUCCCCACUCACUCUGCCGACUCAUCUCCGGGCCGUGCCGCCUGGACCGCAGCCGCAGGAUACAUUGGCGAGCGAGCACAACAGCGCGGAGCGAGCGAGCAGGAAAGAGGAACAAGGAGAUCGCGCGCCGGCGACGCCAUCGUCCUUCCACUUUCGGAGGCGGAGACUAUCAGCUACUGACGGCCCGGUGCCGCAAACAGAGGAGCAUAUUUUUCUAGCUCCACAGAACUCUUGAGAUUCUACAAGUUCCCUGGCUAUGAGGUUGCUAUCAUCCGUGGAUCUGCCUCGUCAUCCGUGGAUGGCCAUGGUUAUCCUCCCCCUCCUCCUGCUCCUUGUGCCUCUCACCGCUGCCCAAAUGUGGCCAUCCUGUGGCGAGAGCGGCAACUACAAAUCAAAUAGCACCUACGAAGCCAACCUCAGGCUCCUCUCAUCCACCCUCCCGAAGAAAGCAGCGUCCAGCACCAACCUCUUCGCCACCGACACUGUUGGCAAUGCUCCGGAUGUCAUCUUCGCCCUCGCACUCUGCCGCGGGGACGCCAACGCCUCUGCCUGCGAGGGCUGUUUGGUUACCGCCUUCCAGGACGGGCAGGAGCACUGUGUGAACAAUAAGGACGCCGCCGUGUACUACGAUAACGAUCCCUGCAUGCUCAGGUACUCCAACCAGAAUUUUCUGGCCACCACCCUCAAUGAACAUAUGCUCGUCAUUGCGAGCAUCGAGAGCUUGAUGAACUUCCCGAAGCUCUUGUUCACGCUUCUGAACAACACGGCUCAAUCGGCCGUGAACAGCUCCAGGAGGUUCACUACCUCACGCUUAGACGUCAUCUCCUCUCCUACGCUGUACUGCCUUAUGCAGUGCACACCAGACCUGACCGCGAACGACUGCGCGGCCUGUUUGCAGCCUUACUUCCAGUAUACACUCCAGUACAUGGAUGGUAAGAAAGGUGGUCGAAUUCUGGGGACACGGUGUACCAUGAGGUAUGAGACAUUCCCGUUCUUCCAAGGGGACCCCAUGCUGCGUAUUAUCAACUUGGCAUCUGAAGUUCCGGCGACCAACAACAGUACUGUGCCGCCAAUUACUGUGAACCCACCCCCGCAGUCGCAGUCGCCGGUUGUGGCACCACCUGCACCUCCGGAGGCGCAAGCGACCAUCCAAGAACUUAAUGGACGCAACUCACGCCAGCGGGCGCUGUGGAUUAUCGCUGUGGCAGCUCCACUACUGUCAAUAUUUCUGUGUGUUAUCUGUUUUGUUGUAUGGAUGAGAAGACGAAGAAAAGGAACGGGAAUCUUACACGAUCAAGCUGCCAUGAAUAGGCCGGAAGAAGACGCAUUUGUUUGGAGAUUAGAAGAGAAGAGUUCAGAGUUCACUCUCUUUGACUUAUCUGAGAUAUUGCAUGCUACACACAACUUCUCCAAAGAAAACCUACUUGGGCAAGGUGGUUUUGGCCCUGUCUACAAGGGGCAGUUACCAGAUGGAACAGAAAUAGCAGUUAAAAGGCUUGCCUCGCAUUCAGGACAGGGUUUCACAGAAUUCAAAAAUGAAGUUGAACUUAUUGCAAAACUACAACACAGUAAUCUGGUCAAGCUCAUGGGAUGCUGCAUUAAGGGAGAGGAAAAACUUUUGGUGUACGAAUAUUUGCCAAAUAAGAGCUUGGACUUCUUUAUCUUUGAUGUUAGCCGAACAACUUUGGUUGAUUGGAAUAAAAGAUGUGAGAUAAUCGAAGGGAUAGCCCAAGGUCUACUGUAUCUCCACAAGCACUCUCGGUUGCGCAUCAUACACAGAGACCUUAAGGCCAGCAACAUUCUCUUGGACCAGGAUAUGAAUCCUAAAAUUUCUGAUUUUGGGCUAGCAAAAAUUUUCAGCUCCAAUGAUACUCAAGGAAGCACAAAGAAGGUGGUGGGAACAUAUGGUUAUAUGGCUCCGGAGUAUGCAUCUGAAGGCAUUUACUCGACCAAAUCUGACGUGUUCAGCUUUGGUGUGUUACUUCUCGAGAUCCUUAGUGGAAAAAGGAAUUCUGGUUUCCAUCAGCAUGAAGACUUUCUUAACCUCCUUGGAUAUUCAUGGCAUCUCUGGGAAGGAGGGAGAUGUCUUGAGCUUCUAGAAGCAUCAAUUGCUGAGGAGAUCCAUGCAGCAGAGGCUAGUAGGUACAUUCACAUUGCACUAAUGUGCGUACAAGAGCACGCAGACGAUCGACCAACCAUGUCGAAUGUCGUCGCAAUGUUAAACAGCGAGAAUGUUAUUCUUCCAGAGCCUAAACAUCCGGCAUACUUCAACCUAAGGGUAUCUAAGGAAGAUGAAUCGGGUAGUGUUCUGUGCAGUUAUAAUGACGUAACCAUCUGCAGUAAUAAUGACGUUACCAUCACCGAGGAGCCAGAUGGCAGAUAGUUGAUCACUUUGCUUCAGUUGUUGAUGGAAGUGCUAGCAAUCAGACAACAGGCAGGCAGACCAGAUCAAAGUAAACUCUCGCACACGUAUAUCAUAUUUUGGUUCUGAAGGAUGGCGACCGGCAUAUCUCUGUAGCGGUUAUUUGGUCCUGGGGUAGAUGUAGCUCAGCAUGUGUGCUGGGCCCUAUUGAUAUGGAGGUUAAUACUAUUGUAUUAAGCUUUUGUGCACCGCAUCAUUGUUUUCCACUGGUGGUGGUGGCUGCUGAUGUAGGCCUUAACGGAAGAAGACUUGAAAUCCAAUAGAUUUCAAUCUGAAACUAGCUGCAUUAACUGAAUAACUGUUAUGAAAAGAAGCAUUUCUGCAGAGUUGUCAUGAUAAGGCUAACAUGAAGGGGGUCUUUUUGGUAACGGUCGAUAAGUUCAUCGACCGUACUACUCAUUGCUGCUAAGACUAAAAGGGGUUCUUGAUGUAAACAGCAGCAGGUCAUAUAUAUAAAAGUCUAAAAGCAUUGACCUAUA